AUGGUGCUACUCGCCGAAGUCGUCGUCCUAUACCGCAAAGAGAGGAAUGAGCGGCAGCUGCGAUUCUUUUUCUAUACGCUUAUUCAGCAGAAUGGCUACUGGCUACUCGGGCUCCAAACUACACUAAUCCUGACUCAAAUCGCCAAAUAUUCCGUCGGCCGGCUACGACCCCACUUUUUGGCCGUUUGCCAGAUUCAGAAUUUAAGCGAGCUGUGCGUGGAUCCAUUAAGAUUUGUGAAAUCGACCGAGUAUAUUUGCACUGGUCCACCUGGAGAGGUGCGAGAAGCGCGAGUGUCGUUUUUCUCCGGCCACUCGGUUACGAUCACAUAUUGCUGCAUAUAUUCGGUGCUCUACCUCCAAGCCAGAAUCGGCUCCAGAACUGGCCAUUGGCGAGGCGCACUCUGCGUUUUGCAGUCAAUGCUGGUCGGCGUGGCUUUGUUCAUUUGCGCCAGUCGUGUAACGGAUUAUUGGCACCACCCGACGGAUGUGUUAACCGGCGCCGCUUUUGGGGUGUUUUGCGCAACCUGGACGGCACUCGUCUGGGCCGGAUUGUUCAGCCGCAACAAAUACGUUAAAGUUAGAUGCGAAUUAACGGAGAAAUCUUCGGACAAUAUGGCU